UUCGUAAUCCAGGCAUCUAGCAUCUUAGUUAAUCUGUUUUCUGCAUUUAAAAAAAUAGGAAAUUUUAAUAUAUAUUUGUCGCUAUCUUCGUAUUAAAGUGUCAUAUAGUCUAGCAGCUGACGCAGCAUCGUUUUCUAUCAACAGAUGGUAAUGACAUGUUCUUACUAUAUUUACACUGCUCGGACUACCUAGCCGACACUUGUUAAGCAGCUACGUCUAUUCGUAGCUUUCCAUGAUCAGUUCAAUCGGUCGCUGUUUCUUCGUGGCACAACUAUUAUCUUACUAUUAGACUUUACACCUAAUCCAUUCAGUCAUCUUCAGUAGCUUCUGCUAGAAAGUUAAUAUUAAUGAACAAGACUCUUAAAUAAUAAUCUGUUAAUGUUAGUGACUUUCUUUAGUUGCAUUAUUAUUAUUUUUUUUUUUUCCUAAUUUAGACACAAACCUGUGAUUUUGGUGAGGAGAGUUUUAGUCGAUUAUAUUGACUCUAUUUCUUCACUGGUAUUUUAUCUUAUCGAUCCCAAAAGGAUGAACUUAGAACGAAAAGUGCCGGAAUCUAGUUACAUUAAUAUUGAUUUCAAAUUUUGGCACAAGACCAGCAAUUUCGGGGGAGCGGGCACGUUGAUUAUAUCUACUCCAGUGUUUAACUGGAGUAGAUAUAAUUUUAUCAACCCCCGAAAGAAUGAAAGGCAAAGUCAACCUCGGCGGAAUUUGAACUCAGAGCAUGAAGACGGACGAAAUGCCGCUGAGCAUUUUGCCCGGCGAGCUCUCCGCCUUUAGUUACAUUAAUAUUAGCAAUUAUUUCCAAAAUGACGUUUUCUUUUUCUUCCCCCCUUUUUUUUUUCCGCGACGACAUACUACAGCUGAUUCUGAACGACUUAACGAAGAAACCUCUAUGCGGUCAAUCGACCGGCUAGAAAUAGCUCAAAUGUCUCUCAAAUUGCACCCUUCAUUACCAUUAAGGUGUAUGACGAAAAUAAAGCGACGUUCACUAUUCGGACUAGGAUUUAAAUGACAAGCUGUGAAGGUGCAGCAUCGAUAGAUAAGGUUACUUUUUUUUUUUUAACAAAUACUUACGUGUCAUCUUCGGGUAAAUUAUAGCAGUUAUAAGUCUACUUUAUCAGAGUUGCUGAAAACCUAGUCUGCAGGGAGUUAGAAAUCUGCGAACUGGAAUUCAGUUACUGAUCCCUGCUGCCAAUGUUGAAUUAUGGUUGAUUCUUUAUUCAAAGGCUCAUAUAAAUCUUCUAUUGAGUUCAAUGACUGUGCUACAAAGAAAAACAUCAAAGACACUUCAAAAAGUAAACUUCUUGACUGUGAUAUCUGUGGAAAGUCUUUCUUCCGUCUGAAGAACUUAAAACAGCACCGUAAAACACAUACAAAUGAGAGACGUUUCCAUUGUGAUAUAUGCGGGAAAAAAUUUUUCACUAAUUCCCACUUGAAACGCCAUCAUAGGAUACACACUGGAGAACGACCAUUCAAGUGUGGCAUCUGCAAAAAGGCCUUUACACAAAACAAUGACCUAAAAAGCCAUUUCCGCAUCCAUACUGGAGAAAAACCUUUCAAGUGUGAAAUCUGCAAUGAGUCUUUCAGUGAAAGUGGGUCACUGCGGAAACAUAUAAAAAUUCACACUGGAGAAAAAUCCUUUGAGUGUAACAUUUGUGGACGUGGUUUUAUCCAAAGUAGUCAGUUGAGACAACAUAUUCUGACCCACACUGGUGAAAAACCUUUCCAGUGUCAGAUCUGCUGUAGGAAUUUUGCUCAAAAUAGUGCUUUGAAAAGACACUAUAGGGUGCAUACAGGAGAGAAACCAUUUCAAUGUAGUUUUUGUCCCGAGUCUUUUACUCGGAGUUGUUUCUUGAAAAAACACUUAAUACAUCAUAAAGAAGCUAAAUCAUUUGAGUGUGACAUAUGUCAGGAAAUUUUCAUGAGGGAAGAUGAUCUAUUGUCUCAUUGGGAAAUGCAUUUUGUUGAGAACACAUUUGAAACAGAAACUCAUCAAAAUACCUGUACUGAAAUGAUUUAUAUCAAUGAAGACAGCGAAAUUUAUCUUGAUAAAAAUCCUGUCCCUGUUGCUUUACAUAUAAAUACUUUUGCUUUUGAUAAUCUAAUUGGGUAUCACAAUAAAAUGAAAGAGGAUAAGUCUUUUAACUGUGAUAUAUGUGGUAAGGAUUUUACUACCAAAGCACACCUAAAACGACACAACAUGAUUCACACAGGGGAAAAACCACAUGAGUGUUCUCUGUGUGAAAAGUCCUUUGCACAACGUAGUGAACUUAAAAGCCAUUACAGGACACACACUGGUGAGAAGCCUUUCAAGUGUGAGAUCUGUGAAGAGUGUUUCAGUGAAAAGGGUUCAUUGGGAAAACACAUGAGGAUUCACACAGGGGAGAAGUCAUUUAAAUGUAAUAUCUGUGGUCGAUGUUUUACCCAGAGUGGUCAUCUCCAUCAGCACAUUUUGAUUCACACUGGAGAAAAACCAUUCAAGUGCGAAACAUGUGGUAAACCAUUUGCAAAAAAUAGUGCACUAAAAAGACAUUACACUGUACAUACUGGUGAGAAACCUUUCCCCUGUGAAGUGUGUGGGGAAGCCUUCAGUCAGAGUUGUCAUAUGAAAAAACACCUACUAAAACAUCACCUUAGCGAAAUGCUCCCAUAGCAGUCAAAGAUUAAAGAGGUCUGCUAAAUUUGUUUUUUGCUUUUUUUUUUUUCUUCUCUUCCCUUACCCCUGGCUACAUAUAGUAUUAUGAUAUUCCACUGAUGUAUUUUACCAAGAAUAAAAUUUAUAGAUUCAGGAUUCAGUUUGGUUUUAUAUCCAGUACUGGAAACAUGGGAAAAAUUAUAUAAGCAUGGCAACUCAAUAUUUGAGGUAGUUACUGCUUAGAAUAAAAUUUGCACUAACAAGUGAUCAGUUGUAAGUGGAUAUUGUUAUUGGCAGUUCUAUAAUUAUCAACACAAGUAGAGGUGGAACUAGCAACAUAAGUAAUUUAAGAUAGGAAAGACUGAUAUAAAAACAAACAACAUAUAGUAUUGUUGAUGAUGAAGCUGAGUAUAUCUAUUAAAGUAUUUCUUGGUAUGGCAGUGACCAAAUGAACAUUUGAUGGUAACUGUUUUUAAUCUAUCAGUUAUAAUCUAGGUUUUAAUCUAUUUGUUAUUGCUGGUACUUAUUUUAUCAAAAACAUGUCCAAGGAAUAAAAAUGAAGAUUAAUUUGACCUUUGUGGAAAUUGAAAUCCAGAUUGAAUGUUACUGGUUCAUUCGUUUAUAGUCUUGACCACCACUUCAGCACCGAGCCAUCAUCUUGCUUGGAUUGUUAGGUUUCUAUAAAUCUUAUUAUUUGAUUAGUUCCUUCUCAAAAAUUAUCACAUAUUUUGAGUUUAGUACUUAAAGUUUGUAUGCUAACUCUUAAAGUUACCAUUGGAUUAUUGUUUAAAUAAAAACCACAUGUAACUUUAUCAAAAUACUAUAGAUUAAGUAGUAUAAUUUACUCAGUUGCCAGAAAAAAUUCUGUUGUGCUUUAUUAUACAGAUUUAGUAAAAUGCAAGAGUUUCAAGCUGAACUUAAACCUUACAGCUUUAGUGUACCUAACUCAGCAGAAGGGUCGGUACAUUAUAUAACAGAAGACAAAAAGUAAUUUUUUACUUACAGUUGUAGCAACAACCAAAAACUACUGUCUCUUCCUCUUUCUCAAAACACUUUACAAGAAUUGAUCCUAUGAAACUCCUGAAAACAGUGUUUUGCUUUAUUUGCUUGGAGCAAGGGAAACUGCAGUGCCAGGAAAUUGGGUGCCAGCACUUGUAUGGGUAUUUUACGAUAACGAAUAAUUUACUUAUUUUAACACUAUGUUCCAAUCAUCAAAAAUUAAAUAUUGAUUUGGAUCAUUGAAAUAACAAAUGUCCAAUAUUAAUGAGUGUCUCAAGCAAUUCAUCUAAUGUUCACAUAUAAUACACUUUUCCAUUAAGUGUAUGUCCACUUGAUUGACAUUUUAGUUUCAUAUCGAAACGUGGCAUUGCAGUAUACAUUUUGUGGGGCUAAUGCAGUUUCGCACCUCACCUUCAAAAAUGCAUUUUUUUGAAAAAAUUUCCUCAGAUUCCAAGGUUUUAGAUGUCGGAAAUUACAAACAUGCAAAAUGAAAUUUUUGAGAUUUUUAACCCCCCGCCCUUCAUUCUGAAUGUAUUGUUGUCUAUUGAAGUGUGGAAAUUUAAUUAAAGCAGGUAUGUAAAGUACACUUUCUAUGUUCAUUUGGCUAAACUGUAGAAAUUGUUGUUUUGAUAUUGUUGUUAAAAUCCCCAUAUUCUAAAGUUUAAAAUUGGGGGCAAGGGCAGUGGCAGCUCAUAGAUAAAAUUAUUGGGGAUGCUGCUUCAGAAAAUGUUUAGCUGUUGUUUUUAAUACUGUGUAAAAGGAAACAAAUGUAUAAAAAGAAAAUUUAUACAUAAACUUGAUCGGUUUGCAUUUUAGCCACUGCCAGGUAGUGUGUUUAAUUUGUUCAUUGAACACUGCCAUAAAUUACCCCUUGUUUUUCAAAAAAACUCCUAAAUCACAAAAUAAGGGAGGAAAUAUAUCCUAUAUUUCAAAUUCUGGCAGCAACACUGAAGCUGGAAGCAGGAUAAUAAUCUGGUUCUACACUUUAUCACAUUCAAGAAUAUAAACAUAUUUUUAAGCACAACACAUGCGGAGUCAAAAAGAAACACGUGGGCUCAGCACUGUCGUUCAUGCAGUACUCUCUCUCCCUAGCAUGAAGCUUCCUAUCUCAGACAUGUGAGCUUGUGCACAACAGCCAAACACCGCGUUGCUGUAACUGUGAAGCGCACAAGGCUUUGAUCAUAAAACCUGUUCGGUCUGGGCUUGCCUGUUGUCAGAUAUCAACAACAAAAUGUGACUAUUUACUUAUAAUCAACUGUUCGUAUAAGCGACAAGUAUUUUGGAAGAGACAAUCCCUAUAAACAAAGGAUUUGUUACAAAAUUAUUAUAAUAAGAUACUGUAUUUGAUGGCAUUUAAGUUGCAUUCACCCCAUCUCUCAGAUGUUUCAAAAAGUCGCCCCGGGUCCUGUAUGCGAAUUUGGGCUUCCUUUAAGCUUUAAUGCACUUAGCACUGAAGAUGCGUUACUGAAACCGACACACCCUUGCGUCUUUUAUGCCAUCAAAUAUGGUAAGUAAAGUUGUUUAACUAGAGAUCAAAACAUCGAUCCAUUUCUAUUGUGAUUAUCCCGUCUUUUAAGGGGCGUGAAGACUACCCAUUUUUAAAAUUAUUUAUUUAACAAAGGUGUAUGGUGAAAGUGGUUGUCUGCUAUUUCUAAUGAGUUCUGACAGUAUUUUAGUGAACAUGUCACUUGUUUAAAAUUUCGAAGCUCACAAUUAUGUCUCCAAUAAGAUAACGUUGAAUAUUUUCAUGUAGAAUAAAGUUGGGAUAGUUGUCCGAAAACCAU